GCGUGCGAACCCGCAGCCCUACGAGAUCAGCCCAAAAGACAUGACCCAGGAGCAGCGGUGUCAGAAGUUCAGUGGCGCGGAUCUCGAAAAGAAGGAGUUCUACUCGCCGCUACACCCGAAUAACUAUCCAAACAACACGGAGUGCAUCCUUCGCCUGGAAGCCGAGCAUGGCUACGUCAUCAGAGUGGACUUCCGGGACUACUUCCACCUCGAACCGUCGAACAAGUGCGAGUUCGACGUCCUAGAGGUCCGCGACGGCGCCCACGGAUACUCCGACCUGAUGGGGCGCUUCUGUGGGGAUACGUUCCCGCCCAUCAUCACGUCCAAGGACAGAUACCUGUGGCUGAAGUUCAUUUCGGACGACACGAUAGAAUACAGGGGCUUCCGGGCGGUGUUUUCAUACAUUGAAAACAAAGCGCUGGACCGGCCGUACAUCGAGCCGUGUCGAUACUACCUGCACGGCGAGCAGGGCAAGAUCAGCUCAGAUGACGUCGAGGAGAAUCGCCUGGAGUACUCGAGGCAGCAUAACCAUCCGAUCGACUGCACGUGGAUUGUGACCGUGAAGGCGAGGCGCAGGAUAUUCAUGUCCUUCAAGAAGUUCAAACUGGAGAAGCCCAACGAGUGCGACAUGAACUACAUCGACAUCUUCGAGGAGCAAACGGACCUGAAGAACCGCGUGAAGCACUACUGCGGUUCGGUGGCCGACCCUUUCGCCACCAACGGCACUAUCCUUCAGUUCCGCUACUUCGCCAUCCCGAGCGCCCUCAACACCAAGUUCGUCGCCUGGUUCACCGCCUUCAGAGAGAGGACUUCCGAAGGAGAGAAUUCGCAGUGCACGGAGGAAGAGUACGACUGUGACGACGCCCGCUGCAUCGACAUAUCCCUGCGGUGCAAUAACGUCACGAACUGUCAACACGAGUAUGACGAGGAAGGUUGCACUCCGCAUAAGAAAGCGACUUUAGACAUCCACUCGGAGCACAUCAUCCUCAUCCUGACUCUCGGAUGCGGUCUGCUCGGAGGAAUGUGCUUCGCUAUGUGCUUCAACUGCAUCAAGAAGCUGGUGCGAGACGGACGCCAGAUCCAUGAGAAUAUUCGAAGAUCCCGCGAGCAGCUGGAAGAGCGGAGUCAGAGCAUAUCUGCCGCGUCUUCGCCUCGCACGGUGCACCGCCCGCCGCUCACAGAGGACGGCCCUUGCUAUAUCUCGGACGCCAAGACCAACGGCCACCCGUGCAUAAGACCAGAGUCCGAGUCCGAAAGCGAAGUGGACGAGGAAGACGACGAAGAGGAAAUGGACGACAUGGAGGAAUCGUGUGUGGAGAUGCGCGACUGCGAGUGCCAGACGCGGGACUCCCUCCUCACCCAGAGAGACUCCGGUCAAGUGCAGCUGCCUAUGACCCCUCCCCCUCCUCCCCCUCCCAACAGACGCCCCCCUGGCCUCCCUCCCCUGAGUCCUUGUCCUCCCGCAGUCCCAACGCCGCCGCCUCCCCCAGGCUCUCACUACGGCCGUGCCCCUUCGUCAGGACCCCCGUCGGAACACUAUGGUACCUACGGCAAGCCACCGCCGGUGCCGCGACACAACGACCCCUACGAGGUUGACGACCAGUCAGACGACCCCUACGCCCAGAGAUAUCGAGCCGAAGCGGUCAUCGAAAUGCGAGAACGAGGUCACUACGAGCCCAGUAAAUCUCCCAAGGCCACGCCCGAUGUCCUGGGUGGUGAGUAUCCCCGUGUGAGGGUGGUGUGAAGGUGAGGAAGAGGCAAGGAUGGUGUCACGAGGAUGGAGGUCAGACGAGGGUGAGUGUGCCGAGGUGCCCAGUCUGGACGGAGGAUGCCCGAGGACUUGCUUCUGCAGCACACACGGAAUGCCACCCGUCACUCUUCAGGAGUUUUGUUUUGUUACAACGCCCGUACUUGUGGAGUUUAUGAGAUUGUUGAUCUCAGCCGUGAAAAUACGUAGACACAACCAACGUUCCCACUGAUAUUUGUCUUCUUAAGUUAAAGAGCUUUUAGGGAGCCCUAGGGCAGUUCUUUUUGAUUUGGUGACAGUGCAGUAUUAAUGAUAUGUUGUUACUGUCGCAUUAAGAACCUACUUUGCAUUUUGUUCAGCGACGAUAACAUAUUUCCUGGGUUUUCUGAGACCAAACUCCAGUCAGUUCUACGGUUUUCAAAACACUCGUGAAGUUCUUUGUUCUGGAGCCUUCAGGAAGAUGUUUAUCGCUGCUCAAGGGUUGAACUUUUGGUUAUUUCACGUAGAUAAAGAUUUCAGUCAGUGGAUGAUAUAUACAGUAUAUACAUAUAUAUUUUUCGAAUUUCUAAUACGGGAAUAUAUAUUGAUAAGUGCCCUCGUGGAAAGUAUAGAGUUGUCUCCCGUCUCCACAGAACUAUGUAUAAAGCUUUUUUACAUUUUGUUACCAUAUCAUCAGCGCCUUGAGAAGCCUUGGCGGUUCCCUCAGCAGCGCGUUGCCUUUGAUUUAGGAUUCUAUGUCAUAAGUAUUCCUUUGGUAUUUUGAAGUUUUUAUUAGAUUUGUAAGAUAUUUUGGAGUUGAUAUAUUAGCCGUAUCAUUUAAUGACGGUGUUGAGGAUUUGUUGUGCAACACAUGCAUUUACCGGUAAUUGUCUUCAAGCAUAUCGUUUUCUGUUUGUAAAUAAUGUAAGAACAGAAUUAUAAAAGAUUUUUUCCAUAAAAGACAAUCAAAUGUAGGUAUUAAAAUGUGCCAAACUGUCUAUAGAACAUUUUAUAA